CCGUAUCUCUUUUAUUCCCUCCCUCCCCAGCUUCUCUCCAUUGCCGCCUAGCCCUCACUCCUAGUUUCUUCACACAUCUAACCAAAGCAAACCAAGUAGAGCUUCCUCGGAAGGUACUGCGAAGUGCGAAUACAUCCUCCUUUUGGGCUCCCUAAAAAAACAAGGACACAAAAAAGCAAAGUCCCAAAAAGUCAUUAAGCAGCCGAUAUAUCGAUGUCUCCUUUAUACCAAGGCAACGAGCUGUGCUUUCAGAUCUCCUCAAAUCCUCAACAUCUCAUUCUCCCCACUACUCUUCCUACCACACCUAACCCUCACCAUACUUAUCAUGUUCCUGCUCCUCACGGCACCAUCUCCGCCAUCCCCGCCGUCGCUCCACCUCCACGGCGACGGAAGACGCCGGCCGCCACUGCUGCCGUCAUGGAAACCAAUAUUAGCGGCGGCCAGAGCCACGAGAAGAAAAUGAUGCACAGAGAGAUCGAGAGGCAGCGGAGGCAAGAAAUGUCCACCCUCUACGCUUCCCUUCGUUCCCUCCUCCCUCUCCACUUCAUCAAGGGGAAGAGAUCGAUGUCGGAUCACAUGGACGAGGCGGUGAAUUACAUAAAGCAGCUGCAGCGGAGGAUCCAAGACCUCGACGGCCAUAAAAAUGAGCUCAUGGGGAAGAAGAAGAAGAAUACUACUACGUUGACCAAUAAUAACGGCUCGAGUACGACUUCUAUUACUGCGGUGCGCAGCGGUGGGCGUCCGGCGGAUUCUACGGUGGAGGUGCGGCUGUGUUUGGGCGGCUUGGAGAUUGUGUUGGCGGAGGAGGGUGGCAGCAGCUUGCGGCUGUCGAGGGUGAUGCGGUUGUUGCUUGAGGAAGGGCUUUCCGUCGUCAACUGCGUCUCCACCGUAGUAAACCGGAAGAGCUUCCACACGCUCGUCGCCGAGGUUGAGGAGCCGACAAGCUUCGACACACGUGCGCUGCAGCAGAAGCUGAUGCUGAUGAUUCCUGAUCCCUUUUUUGUUUCGAGUUCAUCGUCUGGGUGAUUCCAUAUAUCGAUCCCAGACUAAGAUGGUUAAUUAGUUUGAUGGUGUAGGAUUAAUUAGCGAUGAUUAUUGAUUCUCUGGUGUUGCGGUUUGGUUAAUUUAGUGCUCAUCAUGAUGGUUAAUAAUGGUGAUCCGACUCA